ACUUGCAAUGGAGAUCCUAAAAUUGUAUGUCUCUUACGUAAAUUUCUUAACCCACUUUAUUACUAAAAAAGUAUUAAAAUAUGAUUAAGAUCCCCUAAGUGUAUCUUAGGGAUAAUGAUGCUCUAAGAAUCUAACCAACAAUAAGACUAGAAGACAUGUACACAAACCACUAUAGUUUGGACAACUGUUAAAAUUUGACGUCCCUAAAUUGUUAAUAAUCCAUUGCACCUAAAUCCCUUGCUUUACGGACUUUAGCUCUAGGCCGGCCCUGCAUCCAUACGAAAGCAAAUAUCUGUAGAUCACAUAGAUUUCUCACUUUGUUUAGAUUUAUUUUGUGUGUUACAAUGAUUUCUUUUUUUUUCUUUUAAUCCCCUUUUAAGUUACAUAAUGGUGUCAUUUUAAAAUGUUUUGUUCAAAUGCUGCGUUGAAUUCCUCUAUUCUAACACGUGUGUUAUUUUGCUAUAAAUAAAAGCUAAAGGAAAGCAAUCUUGUUAAUACUCUAGACCUAAUUCAGAACUGUUCCUCCACCACCACUGGCGUCGACUCCAUCUUCUUCCAGCAAUGAUCCCCAAAGAAGCUAAACCAAAUCAGAUAGAGACGAAGACUAAGCCUGAACCCCUGUCGUUUUCAUCACUCCCAGACGAUAUCAUAGAGAACAUUCUUGCCCGUAUCUCCAAGUGAAAUUACCCUAAUCUCUCUCUCGUCUCCAAGAGAUUCCUCUCUCUCCUCUCUUCUCCAGAACUCUACACUACACGAUCUCACAUCACAACCACCGAACCAUGCCUCUAUUUUUGCUUAGAGGACUUGCCAAAUAUCCCACAUCCCAAAUGGUUUACUCUUUGGAUGAAACCCGCCGAUGAAACCCUAGCUGAUGACGAUGAAAUUCUUGAAGACUAUUCGUUGGUUCCGGUACGUUCAUGUUCCCAUCUUCAACACGUACCAUAUUUUUCCACCGUAGCUGUUGGUUCGGACAUCUACUUAAUCGGUGGACCCUACAAGGGGCCGCCGUCUUCACGUGUUCGUAUCUUUGAUUGUCGGAGUCACACGUGGCGUGACGGUCCAAACAUGUUGGUGGCCCGUGACGCUGCGUAUGAGUUUUAUAUCGAUGGGAAAAUAUAUGUAAUGGAAGAUGACCGGAAAGACGACAAUUGGAUGGAAGUAUUAGACAUAAAGACUCAAACUUGGUGUCCCUUGCUGAUCCAUGGAGCUACUGAGUUUCGUGGCAACUGGUUUCUAACCAAUGUGUUUAGAGGAAAGAUUUACGUAAUAGCUGAUGAGGAGAACUUUGCUUAUGACCCAAAAGAAGCGUCAUGGGAAGUUUUGGGACCACGAGAGUUAUGGACACAUAGAUGUUUGGUGUGCGAUAGAGGAUGUAAUGUUUUGUUUUACAAACUCUGGUUUUGCUUGUGGUAUGACACUAAGAGUAGAGUGUGGAGAGAGGUCAAGGGUUCGGAUAUGGAAGUAUUGCGUGGUGAAAAUUAUGAGUAUAGCUUAAGAGGGGGGUGUGUUGUUGAAAUUGUUAACCAUGGUGGGUAACUAUUAGUUAUCUGGGUCCCCAGGUAUGAGGAAUACAAGGCAAAGCAGAAAAGGAGAAUUUGGUGUGCGAGAAUCGCAUUUGAGAAGCGCCAUGAAGGUGAGAUUUGGGGUAAGAUUGAGUGGGUUAAUGAAGUGCUUACGGUCACCAAGUCGUAUAAGUUCUUGAGUUGUGUAGCCAUUACGAUUUGAGGAUUACUAAAAAGAUGGAAUACUAAUUGAACAAUAUGGUGAUAUCUUGGUAGAAUCACAUUAAUUGUUUCAUUUUAUUUGAACAACCUGUUUUCUUUGAAAGAAGCUCUAUUUCGUUUUGUCAACAAUCAAUAUCAUGAAACUCUUUUGAGAGAUCCAUAUAUAAUGCUAUUUUGUACACAUUAACAAUGGAGGAUUUUCCAAAAUGUCUCAAAUUUGAUUUGAAAUCUAAAAAAAAAUCAUAUAUUCAAUAAAAUCAAAACUAACAUAAAUGUUUAGUAAAAAAACUCAUGAUUUGAAAUGUACUUCAAGUUUUUGGUACUACAUACUACUAACUCCUCAACAAUGGCUGCAUAACAUGGAAUGUAGACUUUUCUUUGUGCUAGUCUUCUCUCUGACUUAUACUUGUCUAAUUUUGUGAAUGACAUGGUUGCUGGAACUAAUCCUUAAAGCUUCAAUUUUCAAAGCACCAGAAUAGUUUAAGAAGGACAGAAUUUGCCUGCUCGAUGCUUUGUUUGGUCGAGUGUGGACAGCGAAGAACUUAGAGUUUCUGAACUCUUCUCUCAUUCUUGACUGCUCAGAUAAACAACUCCCUCUUGGAGCCUUAGAAUACUACACAUGUGACGAGCUAGCCUAUUGCAUAAAAAGAUAUGGGGGCUGUAGGUGGAUAAUAUAUAUGCACCCUUACACAUCAAAAACAAUCAUUGGGUAGCAUUAUGGGUAUCAAUUCAUAUCAAUUUCUAGGAGGCACAUAGUGAUUUGGGAUAGUGGUAUUAUUCACUCAAAGGAUGAAGAAAUUGCUACAGUUGUGUAUCCUAUUGCCCACAUCACAUAAUGGCGUACAUGCUUCGUGAGUUAGCUCACGGCAAGAAGAAAAAGAUGAACCCAAAUGAAUUCACACAUGAGCGGAUCUCAAAAUCAGGAGUACUACAAAACGUACAAAGUGGUGAUAGUGGAGUGUUUUCUUGAAGUAUA